AGUUCGGGCUACAACAUGCGAAAUUGACUAAAAUCAAUCGUUCCAAACAGAUCCGUAAAUAACUAUUGUGAUAUGUCAACACAAUCCUAGCGCAGGUACCAUAAGUUACCUAAAACGCAAUUUUCACCACGCACCCCAUUUCGGUGCUGUAACUUCAAAUAAAUAAAAAUUGUUGGCUCGUACACCUAAUUAUCUAACUAAACAUAAGCUUGUGUUGUUGAUAUUGACUAUGUCAGAUAAUUUCAUUAUCAUCGCACUGCGCACUUCUUUUUUUCGCAUUUCGUAAUGACUCGAGUGUAAGAAAGUCAUCAACUAACAUCCAAUUUUUUGCUUGUUAACAAAACAAAUUUCGACCAAGAGAUUACGGAAACGAAACUAUGAAAUCAGUGACAGUAUCCCGAUCGUCUCUGGAAAAAUUCUCCGCAUCGAAUGGGCAAAGUGUGUCCAUGAAAUUCAGAAUCGAGGGGGAUUCACUGUUCGAAGAUGGGAAACUGUUCGAAGCGCUCGAGUGUUACAAUAAAAGUUUAUCUUGGGCGGAAUUAAAUUCUCGUGACAGUUCAUUAGCGUACGAACGCCGAAGUGCUGUGUAUUUUCGAGUGAAGGAAUACGAAUUGUGUUUAGAUAACGUCCAAUCAGCUCUUAGUUGUUGUGAAGACAAUGCUAGGACAGAAAGUCUCGGUGAACGUAAAAAAAUGUGCGAAGAGUUGAUGGGAUAUGACCAGCGUAACAUCGACGCUGAUCCGUCCAGCUUUUUCAAACUCUCAUAUCAAGCAAACGAUAAAAUUUCAUUUAUCGUUGAUUGCCUUGAAUUGCAUGAGAGCAAAGAUUUUGGUCGAUUUAUUAUCACGAACCAAGACUUACAGCCGGGCGAUAUUAUUGCUAUCGAGGAACCGUUUUUCAGGACAGUGACCAUCGAAGCAGCUCACACACGAUGUACAAAUUGUUUGAAAUCGAACAAAAUGAAUUUGAUUCCUAGCACGGCCAGCCAAACAGCAAUGUUCUGCUCUAAGGAGUGCAUUGAAGUAGCAACAAAUAACUUCUUCCGUGCUGAAAAUAUGCUUAAGAUGCACGAUAUCAAGCAAAGAAUGCUUUUUGAGGCAUUAGCCAUUUGUGGUGGCAGUUUCGAUAAACUGAAUCAACUGAUGGACGCAACCGAUUUCAGACAAUCGACUGUUUUCGAUUUUGACCUAAAAAAUCCACAACAUCCGCUUUACAAAUACAAUUUGCUCAUGUCAAUUAUGUCACUUUCCCAGAUUGCGACGGUUUCGGAUGAAGUGGUUUCGUACCUGUCGCGUCAUCCCAUUUUGAAUUCCAUAGAAGACGGACAUGAUAAGGAAAUUGCACAACGAUUCCUGUUGCGUUGCUAUCGCAUAUUAACCGUUAAUUCAUUUGGCAUUGAGUGGGUGGUACCGGCCCGGCCGCGCGAUUUUACCAAGGACACAAUUGUCACAAAACUGGCUGGCGAUGCACUGUGUCUGUUCGGAUCGUUGAUAAACCAUUCAUGUACACCGAAUGUAGACCGGAUAUUUGUUGGCAAUAAAUUCGUGUUCUUCGUACGGCGACCGAUUCAGAGCGGACAACAAUUGUUUGUCAGUUACGGGGCUCUCUUCCUGGAUAUACCACGGGAAAUACGCCAACAGAACUUGAAGGAUGAGUAUGGUUUCGUAUGCUGUUGUGAGGCUUGUGCCGGAGACUAUCCCACUGCUGCCAUUUAUCCCUGGACUGGCAUUCCGUUAGUGGUGAAAGAAUCGUCGGAAGUGAGCGAAUGGAAGGAGGAAUUUACCAGAAACUGUUUGAAAAUCGUGAAAAAGCAACAUGUCUACUCGCAUUCGGAGCUGUGUUUGAUAAUGAUGAGAAAUGUGUACCUGUUAGUAGCCAUUGCUAAGACUGAACCGUUCAUAUUUUGAUUUUUGUUUGUUAAUAAAUCUUAACCAAAUACGAAGCA